AUGACGCAUCAAACUCAGCAACUUCAGCCGCAGGAGGAAGUAUCACUCAGCCCUGACGCACCAGUCAUCUUUGAUCCACCGGGGCAUGAGGAUCAAAUAAAAAGCUACCUAGUGACUGCAGUACAUGUGGUAGCUCUCCCACCUGUGAAUCAAAACGCGGAUAGAAACCGCUGGCUAUUACUUCUCCAAGUUAAAGGCGACGAAGGAGAUGAAACUGUACAGUUGGAUCUAAUAGGGGCCGCACCUGGGUCUAUCCAAUGCAAAUUACUGUGCCACAAGGGACGUGAAGUCGAUCCGAAAGGUCAUUUCACAGGAAUAGCCAAAGCGGCCAAGAUGGAAGUACUGGCAGGCCACACAGUAGGAAAGGUACUAGGGAAAAUGGAAGGAUAUGGACUUUUAGACUACGAAUUUGCGAUAUCCAUGGGUAGACGGUCAGGAUACCGACGAUGGAUUGAUCGGGUCUCUGAAGAGACGUGGCAAGAGGCAUCUUCCAUUCGGUCUGCUCUCGAAGAGGUUUGGGAUAAUCAUAUGCCUAUGGCUACAAGCUUCCCCGCCCGUCUUGACGGUGGAACCUGGGACGAAUUGAAUUAUUCGUCUAGAUCAAUAGAGUUGGCCGAGGCGCGUCGACGGGAUGCAGCAAGUGAGGAGCUGCUAUACCAGCGUGGUCUCCAUAUCGAACACAUUCAUCGUGAAACUAAACUCGACUUACACGAUUAUGAGCAAAUGUCAAACUGUUCAUAUUAUUGA